GCACUAAACAAGAUUGGUGAUGAAAUGGAGCCUGGAACGAACUCUUUUCGAGUAGAGUUUCCAGAUUUUUCCAGCACCAUUCUGCAGAAACUAAACCAGCAGCGCCAACAAGGACAGUUAUGUGACGUCUCCAUUGUUGUCCAAGGCCACAUUUUCCGGGCACACAAAGCUGUUCUUGCUGCCAGUUCACCCUACUUUUGUGACCAAGUACUCCUGAAAAACAGUAGGAGAAUUGUGUUGCCUGAUGUGAUGAACCCAAGAGUAUUUGAGAACAUUCUCCUAUCUAGCUACACAGGACGCCUUGUGAUGCCUGCUCCAGAAAUUGUUAGUUACUUAACAGCAGCCAGCUUCCUCCAGAUGUGGCAUGUGGUGGACAAAUGCACUGAGGUUCUAGAGGGAAACCCCACAGUUCUUUGCCAGAAGCUAAAUCAUGGCAAUGACCACCAGUCUCCCAGUAGCAGUAACUAUAAUGGCCUGGUAGAGAGCUUUGAGCUGGGUUCCGGGGGGCACACUGAUUUCCCCAAGGCACAGGAGCUGAGGGAUGGUGAGAAUGAAGAGGAGAGCACCAAAGAUGAGCUGUCAUCUCAGCUCACUGAGCAUGAGUACUUGCCCAGUAACUCAUCCACAGAGCAUGACCGGCUGAGCACUGAGAUGGCGAGCCAGGAUGGGGAGGAGGGGGCCAGUGACAGCGCGGAGUUCCACUACACCCGGCCUCUGUACAGCAAGCCCAGCAUAAUGGCUCACAAACGCUGGAUCCAUGUGAAGCCUGAGCGCCUGGAACAGACGUGUGAGGGCAUGGAUGUGCAUGCAGCCUACGACGAGCACCAAGUCACUGAGUCCAUUAACACCAUGCAGACAGAACACUUGGUCCAGCCUUCAGGAGUGGAAGAGGACUUCCAAAUUGUGGAGAAGAAAGUAGAAGCAGAGUUUGAUGAGCAAGCAGAGGAGAGCAACUAUGACGAGCAGGUGGACUUCUAUGGCUCCUCCAUGGAAGAAUUCUCUGGAGAAAGGUUGGAUGGGAAUCUAAUUGGGCACAGACAGGAGGCUGCCCUCGCAGCAGGCUACAGUGAGAAUAUUGAAAUGGUGACGGGGAUAAAAGAAGAGGCGUCCCACUUAGGGUUCUCCGCCACUGACAAGCUGUAUCCUUGUCAGUGUGGGAAAAGUUUCACACACAAGAGUCAGCGAGAUCGACACAUGAGCAUGCACCUCGGUCUUCGCCCUUAUGGCUGUGGGGUCUGCGGUAAGAAAUUCAAAAUGAAGCACCAUCUCGUGGGCCACAUGAAAAUUCAUACAGGCAUCAAGCCCUAUGAGUGUAAUAUCUGUGCAAAGAGAUUUAUGUGGAGGGACAGUUUCCACAGGCAUGUGACUUCUUGUACCAAGUCCUAUGAAGCUGCAAAGGCUGAGCAGACUACAACUGAGGCUAACUAAAAAUAGGGUCUGGCCCUUGAGUGGCAUGCACAAAAAUAAACUAUGGUAAUUAAUGCAAAUCUGGGCACAGAUGAUGCGUGCCACUUGCUAUUAUGAGAGAAGCUUAAAAA